ACGGCCUCCCCGUCUCCCCUGUAUAUAUCCGCGUUUUUGAACCGGCCUUCGAGCCCUCAGGUCCCCGAUUUAUCCAUUUUCUGGACCGGCCCACCAGCCGGGACCCCCACGAUUUAUCCGCACCGCUGGACGGCCUUUGUGCGUAUAUUGCGGGGUCCUCGCCAGUCCCGACGGCCGUCAAACACGUGAAAGGCACUCUCAAUCUCCUUCCGCGACCUGGACGCGCUGGAGACGCGACCAGACAAACUACACACCAUGUCCUCCCGAGAACUCAUCGACGCGCAGUUCGACCGCGCUGUGGAAAUCGUCCAAAGUCUCCCGAAGACGGGACCUAUCCAGACCGACUAUGAGGAGAAGCUCACGAUGUACAGUCUGUAUAAGCAGGCGACGGUGGGCAACGUCAAGUCCCCUCGCCCGGGUAUCUGGGAUAUGCUUGGACGAGCGAAAUGGGAUGCCUGGAACAAGCAGAAGGACUUGACGCCCCUGGAGGCCAAGUGGCUCUACGUAGAUGCGCUGCUCAAGGUCCUGCGCAAAUACGGUGACAAGACUGCUGCAACGAACUACGUGAAGGAGCUGGAGUCCUUUGGGAGUGGUUCUGGUACCCGCAUCAUGAACGCCUCCAGAUCCAGAGGCUCUUCCUCCUCUGGCUCCACCGCAUCCAACAAGCCUACCCCCAUCUCAUAUCCAUACCCCAACCAUCCCUUGUCCCCCAACCGCGCACCCGCACCCGGCGAAUCCAGCUCCGAAGAGGAGCCUUCCGACGAAGACGACGACUACGCGCACGAGGAAGAGGAAAGCCGGCACAGCGUCCCCGCCCUCUCCGUCGUCACCCAGCUCAACAACAUCCCCAACCUCCGCUCCCGCCCGCCCUCCUCCGCCCCCAGCCCGCGCUACUACCACCCGCGCGCCGGCCAGGUCCCCGCCACGCAGCCCCAACCCGCCUUCGAGACGCCCUCCGCGUUCGCGGAUCCCAGUCCGCCGCCGCAGCUGCAAUCCUCAAACGCAAAUCCGAACGCAUACCCCCACCAGAACGUAUACCCCGCCUCCGCGCCCUCGCGCGCAUUCACGAACUACUCCGCGGGCGUGCACCGGCUGGCCGGGGCGUACGACCCCGCGCGCCCGCCCUCUCGCGCCUCGCUCGAGAGCGCGGUGGCCAACGUGCAGGCGCACCUCGCCGCGCUGUCUGAGCGCCUCGAGGUGAUGGAGCACCUGCAGGUGCCCGCCUCGCGGAGCCCGGCCGUGUUCUCUGGCUCAGGCUCGAAUGGGCGCCGAACGUACGACCUCGACGACAUGGGCCUGUGGUCGUUGGUUCUGCGCCCCUUGGCCGACGGGGCGGAGCGGGUGAAAGAGUUCUUCGCGCGUGAUGAUACCCGGUCGCCAGCGCGGGUUAUCGUGCGGCGACUUUGUCUGGAUGCGUCCUUUUUGUUGUGCGUGGUGAUGCUGGUGCGCUCGAUAUGGCGGCGCAGCGGCACGAGGAGGCGAGAGGUCGUAGCUGCACUGGUCGCGUUGUGGAAAGCGCUGCUAGGCAGGCAGGAGCGGGUAAUGGUCAGUCGGGGCGUUUGA